UUUCCGUGUGAUCCAUGGCAGCUCUCUGGGAUAAGGAUGACCGGUGAUGGGGGUUGAGGAGGUAAUUCCUUGGCAAGGGACACAUCGUGCAAGGGAUGCUACAGCUGAGCUAGUAUGUGGAUGUCACUUUAAUAUCAAUAGUACUAUGGAUGUGCCUGAAAACACGAGUAACAUCAACAGUACUCUCCUACCCUCUCCCGAGGUACGUGUGGCCCCAGGGCAAUACUCCGUGACUGCUAUCUGGACAUUGGCAGUCCUAGUGGGAUUUAUCAUCAUUUUCACCAUAGUGGGGAAUGUAUUUGUGGUUAUAGCAGUUUUGACUAGUAGGGCUCUAAAAGCCCCCCAGAACCUUUUCUUGGUCUCCUUGGCAAGUGCUGAUAUCCUGGUGGCUACCUUGGUGAUGCCCUUCUCUUUGGCUAAUGAGUUAAUGGGAUACUGGUUUUUUGGAAGUGUGUGGUGUGACAUCUACCUGGCUUUAGAUGUGCUUUUCUGCACUUCCUCUAUAGUCCAUUUAUGUGCUAUCAGCUUGGACAGGUACUGGUCGGUCACCCAGGCUGUAGAAUACAAUUUAAAGAGGACACCAAGGAGGAUCAAAGGUAUAAUUGUCAUUGUCUGGCUAAUCUCUGCUGUCAUCUCCUUCCCACCACUGAUAUCCAUGGACAGGGACCCGGCGGAUGAUGUCUACCCACAGUGCAAAUUAAAUGAUGAGACCUGGUACAUCUUGUCUUCUUGUAUCGGGUCAUUCUUUGCCCCAUGUGUCAUCAUGAUCUUGGUGUACAUUCGCAUCUACCAAGUGGCCAAACUGAGAACCAGGACUAUGUCAGAGAAGAAACCUGUCACAGACUGUUCUUCUCACACAGAGAAUGGUUGCAGCAAAGGGACCUCUUUGCGAUCUCCUGGAGAUAAAGGGAAUGGGCACUGCUCGUCUAGACCAAAUCCACCAAAAGCUACCGACUUGGACGAUGUGGAGCUGGAGGAGAGCAGUAUAUCAGAGAGUAAGAGGAGGAAGAGUAGCAGUAGAGACGAAAACACUGACUCCUCCAGGGAGAAGAAGACUUGCAAAAAUAGCUCUUCCAAGCAUAACUCCUUCUCCAAGCAGUCCAGUCGCCUGUCCCGGUCUAGCAACAAAUCUGUAGACAUGUUCUCCUCAAGGAAAAAAAAGAGAAGUAGUAUCUCCAGGAGGAAAAUCACUCAAGCCAGGGAGAAGAGGUUUACCUUUGUCUUGGCAGUGGUAAUGGGGGUGUUUGUGGUGUGCUGGUUCCCAUUCUUUUUCAGCUACAGCUUGUAUGGUAUCUGCAGAGACCUAUGCCAGAUACCAGAAACCUUGUUUAAGUUUUUUUUCUGGAUAGGAUACUGCAACAGCUCCCUCAACCCCGUCAUUUACACCAUUUUUAACCAAGAUUUCAGGCGCUCUUUCAAAAAAAUUAUCUGUUAUGGCAGAAGGAAGACUUUUGUCCAUUGAAUAGUUGAUCCCUUGUUUGGUUUUCACUGAUUCACUGGAGAUUGUGAAAGGCUUAGACACUCCCUAGAGUUCAAGCAGGACAUCAACCCCCAUCAUUCCAAUUGAGCCAUGCAGAUGAUGGGAGUUGCAAUCCACACUAGAUUCAAUACUAUUCAUUGGCUUUGUCAGUGGUGGGUGGUGGUGAGGUGGGAAGUAAGAGGGGAGGGUCUGAUUGGGCAAAACAUUGUGCAUCUUUGAACAAUCUUAUGAGACUGAUACUAUAUGACAGAGUGAAUGUAAAGACAGGAUGCCUGCAGACUCCCAUUACAUGCAUUUAACUCUUACCCUCGUGCCCCCCAUGCCCCACACACUCCUAAUGUUUAAAGGGUUAAUAAUGUGCCAUCUGCACAGGGCACUAAUGCUCUGUGUGUGCUCCUGAGUCAUCUCUGACAAUUUUGUACUUCGGAAUCAAGAAAAACAAGCAUCAAUAAAACAGGGCUGUGUUGUAUGAUAUUCUGGUUCGUUUCUAAUCAUGUUUUGCAAACUAUUUGACAUUUUGCUCUGGAGAUUAUAUUUAAG